GUCUGGGUAAAAAUACGUAUUAUUUCGGUUAAAGUUAGGCAGCCUAAAGUUAUUUAUUAAUAAUAAUCAACAUUAUUGAAAUAUUAAUAUAGCCAUAAAAAUGAUUCUCGAAAAAAAAUAAUAAAUUAUUGCUUUUUAAGUAAUCGUUAUAACGGAAACUAAAAGUCGUAUCGAUAUUUUAAUUUAUUUUAUUUUACGCCGUCCAACGUGCUACUACGCGAUGUGAACGAGGUUAAGCAAUGGCGGCUUCCACCGUAUAUGAAAUGGAGAAGCAAUUACGAGGUGCUUUCGUCAAUUUAUCGCAGAGAGAACAAGAGUGGAAGGCUACAAGAAAAGAAAUGUCCGUAGAGUACAUCGCCGCCUUGAGCCAGAAAUAUAAACUGACAAAUGAUGUAAACAUGGAAGGCGAUCCUUUGUCGGACGAACUUCCGAGCCUCCAGGCAGACUUAAAAGAAAUUUUCUACACUAAUAUCGAGAGAGAAAGAAGUGUGUUACUUGAAAGAUUAGAAAAGUUACGCGACAUUUGCGUGGAAAUAAACAAACAAAAACAGAAAAUAGAUGAAAGUGUGAGAAUGAUGGCAAGGGAUCCGGCGGCGUGUUACAGAACGCAGACGAGGCCCUCUUUCUUUGAGAUGCAAGAGAUGUACGAAGACUUCUGCAAUUCUGCAUGGAACGAAUAUUGCUGUCUAAAUCUUCUAUUGAUGAGUGAUUGGAACAAGAUGGCAGAUGACUCCUUUACGGAAAACUGGGAGAAAAUUACAUCUUCCAAAAGAGAUGGAAUUCUAGCAAAAUUGCAAGAGUAUCUCGAAGGUGAGAUGAAAGAAGAAAAUCUGCCAAGUUGACAUUACAAUGAAUAAUUUCUGUUUAAUGUAAAAAUGUAAAUUUGUAAAUAGUUUUGUUUUGGAACAACUUAACCCAUUUAAUGAGACCAAUUGUGUAAAUAAAAUAUUGCAGCUAUCAUUAAAAUAAGUUUAUCAAGCAUACAUCAUAUAUGUUUAGAUAGAUAUCUACUUUACCAUAAUUCUUAUAUUCUUGUCAAAAUUUAAUUCUGAAAUAAAAAAAAACAGUAAAAUC